CUUGUGCACGUAUAGGGAUGGACCUGUCUCCGGGGGACCCUCAGGCUGCCUUCCCACCACCCUCCUUGGACUGAGCAGAUAUUGGGGCUGAUUCCCCCCCAAGUGUCAGAGGAACCAUGCACCGAGCUUCCAUCAGCCUGUGAUAGAAAAUAAGAGAGAAAGCAGAGGAAGCAGCUGGAGGAGGAGGGGAAGAAGCGGAUUCUCUGGUUGCUAAGUGUCUGUGAGAAAUCCCAGUCAUGGCUCAGUCUUCUGAUGCAAGUGUCGUUGGAGUUACAGAUCCUGAGGACAACACCCCUAACAUGAUUGUCUACAGAAAAAUUGAAGAUAUCAUCACCAGGAUGCAAGAUGAUAAAUCUGGCGGGGUCCCCAUACGAACAGUCAAAAGCUUCCUGUCUAAAAUCCCAAGUGUGGUUACAGGAGCUGACAUUGUCCAGUGGCUCAUUAAGAACCUCAUCAUUGAAGACCCAGUGGAAGCAAUACAUUUAGGAAGCCUUAUAGCAGCCCAAGGUUACAUCUUCCCAAUAUCUGAUCAUGUCCUUACGUUGAAGGAUGACGGAACCUUUUACCGUUUUCAGGCUCCAUAUUUCUGGCCUUCAAAUUGCUGGGAACCAGAAAACACAGACUAUGCUAUCUAUCUAUGCAAGAGGACCAUGCAGAACAAAGCAAGACUGGAGUUGGCAGAUUAUGAAGCCGAGAAUUUAGCAAGACUGCAGCGGGCAUUUGCAAGAAAAUGGGAAUUCAUCUUUAUGCAAGCAGAGGCGCAAGUCAAAAUUGAUAGAAAAAAGGAUAAAACUGAAAGAAAGAUCCUGGACAGUCAGGAGAGAGGAUUCUGGGAUGUGCACCGACCAGUGCCUGGAUGUGUGAAUACCACAGAGAUGGACAUAAGAAAGUGUCGUCGAAUGAAGAAUCCACAGAAGGUGAAAAAGUCUGUAUAUGGUGUAUCAGAGGACUCUCAGUCACAAAGCCCAGUGCACAUGGCUUCCCAUGUGAUUAGAAAAACGACAAAAGAUGACUUGCGAAAACAGAUAGAUUUUUUGAAUGUUCAGAUAGAUCGACAUUGUUUAAAGAUGUCCAAAGUAGCUGACAGCUUUAUUGCUUAUUCCGAACAAUACACAGAGUAUGACCCUUUCCUUACUCCGGCUGAUCCCUCCAAUCCAUGGAUUAGUGAUGACGCGACUUUCUGGGAUCUAGAAAUUAGCAAAGAGCCAUCUCAGCAGCGUGUGAAGAGGUGGGGAUUCUGCCUGGAUGAAAUGCUUAAAGACCCAGUAGGACGAGAGCAGUUCCUUCGCUUUGUGGAAUCGGAGUUCAGUUCUGAAAACCUCAGGUUUUGGAUGGUUGUCCAAGAUCUGAAGAAGCAACCUUUACAGGAAGUACCGAAAAGGGUAGAGGAAAUAUGGCAAGAGUUUCUGGCCCCUGGGGCACAAAGUGCCAUCAACUUAGACUCCCACAGUUUUGAGAAGACGAGCCACAAUGUUAAAGAUCCUGGGAGGUACACAUUUGAAGAUGCACAGGAACACAUCUACAAGCUUAUGAAGAGCGAUAGUUAUGCACGGUUCUUGCGUUCCAAUGCCUACCAGGAUUUACUGAUGAUGAAAAAGAAGACUGAGAAUGAGCAAGGUCGUAGAACCUCCCUAGAAAAGUUCACUCGCAGCGUGGGGAAGUCUUUGACAUCUAAACGCCUCACUGGCCUCAUGCAAUCCUCCUGACAACCCUGGACAGAAAUGCUGUCACUCGGCACCUAACGCCCUCCAGAGAAGGAAUGGUUUUAGGCAAGAAAAUGGGUCACUGUGAAAGAAAAGAGAAAUAAGAAGAAACUGGCAUUCGUCCUGUCUAACUCAGAUAUUCAUCGUCCCUCAGUUGCAUCAACGGUUUUUAGCUUGAGCAGCUUUCCAAUGACCCUAAGUUGCCAAGUACUUUUAUUUUGUGUUUAGAUUGAUAUGUGAGAUCACACAAUGCAGUAAAAGGAGGGUCCGAAAUGGAGGAUGUUUUUAGACUAAAUCAGCAAUAACAGGAGACGACCAGGAUCGAUGUAAAACUGUCCAUCUGUAUUCUCCUCCACAGCUCGCUGCAACUAUUAUCACCACCAAGACAACUACCUUACAUACGUUCAAGAAAAAAAUAAAAAAAGACUGAAACUGCUAAUUCUUAAAACUUUAAUGAGUCUGUUUCUCCUGAGUCCUAGACUGCAGAUAUUUGACUUUAUUUUAUGUGUGUGUCCCUGUCAAAGAGACAAUUGACAACAUUUGCUCUGCAUAGUCUAUCCUUCCAAGCGCAUGAUGCUGCUCCAAAGAUAGCAUUACAAGUCAAAGUUAAACAAGUUAAGUUUGUUAAAAAAAAAAAAGUAUAUAGCAAGUCAUGUUGUUUUAUUUCUCUUUUAUAAUCUUUCAUUUGAUUUUUUGUUUGUUUUUUGCCACUGCAUGCAUUUCAAGAAAAAGCAGCACAAUUGUUUACAGUAUAUGUCACUUUCUCUUCCCCAUAGCUCAUCCGCGGUGACCAGACACAAGCUAGUAUUGCUUGUAUCAUUUUUCUUUUGCAAAGUAUCAGACUUUCUGAAGAAUCAUUCCAAUGUUGUAUCUCACAGCCCAGCGAUUAAUCGGCUGAGAUAUAUUCAUUAGAGAAAAACUGGUAAUCACUUUAGUCAUAACCUAGUAAGCGCAAGACAUUUCCCACUGUAGUUGGAUAUAAAUAAAAAGAAAAAAAAAAUGACUAUAACCUUAGAAAAAACAACAUACAAUGAAAUGCAAUUGAUGUGUCACCUGGAAGACUGAAAGGUUAUUAUAGGCCUUUUUUUUUUUUUUUUUUUAACUGUUGCAUUGUCAUUAUUAAAUGCUGAUGGCUUUGUGGGUUACUGUAGCAUCCUGGGUUCCUUCAAAACAAAACAAAAAAAAUCUUACCGUAGUAAAAAUUAUUUGAAAGGAAAAAAA